AUUGGACUGGUUUUUUAUCUUGGAAUAUUAUUGGUAAUACUAUUUUUUUUUGCUACUCCCAAACUGCAACCUUUCUUUCCCUUUCAUAUAGUUUAACUUUAAAAAUAAGUAUCCAUGGAUGAUGACCUGGCGGAGAAGUAUGAUCUCAUUAUUCAAGGCACAGGCCUUGUCGAGUGCCUCAUUGCCGGGGCUGCAGCCCGUGUUGGCAAAACUGUGCUGCAUCUAGAUCAUAAUUGUUCUUAUGGAGGACAAUGGGCUUCCCACAACCUCUCUGGGCUCCUGGAGUGGGUUGAUCAACAACACAAAAAUGUGACUUUGACAGAACCUGGAGAUGAUGUUGAUUUCAUGUGUGAGGAAGGACAGACGGUGGUGCUGCUCAACAGACCUGCGGCUGUUUACUUCAACGUCCGUUCUCAAUGGCAUACAAGACAAGAAUCAGAGCCUAUGGAUGCUGUGGACAAUGCUUCGCCUGAAG